UGAGAACAAAGAUAAUUGAAGGUGGAGAAACUGUUCCAUACGAAAUUUUGGAUGUAAAGUAAUUAUUAACAUAAUAUGUAAAUUCAAGCUUAACAUUGAAAAAAGAUUAUGUAUGAUAAUAUUGUCAUGUCAGAAUUCACUUAUGCUGAUGAUCAUAAAGAAUCAAAUACUACUAUACCUAUCACCCAUACUUCUUGGUUUUCGAAACUAAAAAAUAAUAAUGAUUCGAAUUUAAUUCAGUCUUCUCCUGCUUUAUUAGCUGAUCUUAGUCAAAAAUUAGAACAUCUCAUGCCUGCUGAAAAUAGCUUCAGUUACAAACGGACCUUGAAGCCGAUUCCAAUUAUGGAUGUUCACUUUUCCUUUUUAAAGGCUAAAUCAUUAUGUUUAGCAGGUGUCCGAAGUAGAUAUGAGAGUAAUAGUAAUAUCAAUACUUUUACCAUUAGAGUGAUAAAAGCUGGAAUCAUAGAUAGGAAAUAUGAAUUAACACAAGGUGGUAAAAGAGCAACAGCUCGUAGUUGGAGACCAUUUGGUGUUAUAUUAAGUGGAAGUCAAAUUAUCUUUUUUGCUGAUACAUCUUCAUUUCAAAAUUGGUUAGAGGAGACACCACCACGAAGAAAUAAUAGCUUUCCCACACUUACUUCUUCUUCUGCUUCUUUAAUUCCUACUACAGAAUCUUCUGAUAACUUCAAUAGUCUUGCCUCUGGAUCAUCACAUUUCACUCAAAAGAAAACAAAUACAACUCAGUCUAUACCCAAUAACGUCAAUAGUUCCUUUAGUCAUACUCAUUCGUAUUUAAGACCUGUUCAGAUUAUAUCAUUAUCUUAUGCUGUUUGUAUUUAUGAUGAAGAAUAUACAAAAUACCCUCAUGUAUUUCGUUUAAUUACCGGUGAUGGUCAACAAUUCUUAUUUCGUACUGAAGAUGAUAAAGAGAUGGAAGACUGGAUGUUAAAAAUCAACUAUGCAGCAACAUUGAAAACAACAGGAAUUCGAAUGAGACCUAUAACUACAAUGCCAUCUCUAGCUAAGAGAUCCUUUUCAUCUUCGGGUUACUCUAAUUUGGCUAAUCAACAAAAAUAUGCUGAUCGUUUAAAAAGAGAGAUGAAAGCAAAUGAAAAAGUAGAAGAAUUAACUAUUCGGAUUGAUGAACAAGUAAAACUCUUGGAUCGUGAGCUUCAAUUACGUCGUAAUCUUAUGGUUCUUACACCUUACAUAAGACCUACAAGAGAUCGUAUUCUGGCAUUUGCUGAUUCAGUUGGUAAAAGAAUUAAGUCUAAACGAAUUGAAUUACAACGAUUGCAAUGUUAUAGAGAUUUUCUUGAAUGUGAAUUAGCUUGGUGUCAUUCUCAAAAUGAGCAUCAAAAACAACAAAAAUUAAGAAAAAUGUCACUACCAUUACCUUCGCACUCUUCUGAUGCUUAUAGUGUGACUGAUAAUAAUACAAAAUCCUCUCAUCAUGCAAUCCCUUUGACUGAAAAAAAUAAAGGAACAGUCAAGAGAUCAAGCGAUAUCGUCACUACAGCACCUUCAACCAGUAGUACUAGUCUAUCUUCAGCUUUAUCAUCUUCUACAAUAUCUUCAGGACAACAUUUGCUAGAUGAUACUUUGUCAGCUAUUAGUGGUAAUGAAGAAGAAGAAGAUAAUGAUAGUCAACAUGAAUCCGAAAGAAUCGCGAGUCAUCAUGAUACAGCUAGUUAUCAUGAUAUCUUGCCAACUUCUCAACCUCCUGCCUUUAAAUUCCCUAAAUCGAUUAUUGAUGGCUUGUUCUCCUUUACAGAUAGUGAAAAGAAGAAAAAGAAUGUAAAAGUAGUAGUGACAAAACCGGACAAUAAUGAAGACGUUAAAGAAACUGGAUUAAAACAAAUGAUAAGACGUAGAAGUCAAAGUAAUCCGAUUUUUCCUAAUAGUAAUAACAAAAAGAUACUAUCUUUCUUGGAACUUUCCCCAAUAAGAAGACAAAGAAGUGGAUCAGAGGCAUCCUCUGUGCAAGCUGAUGAUGAUUAUAUGAGUGUAGUUAUCGUAAAUGAUCAAGAAGAAUCUCCAAACGAUCAAAAAGAUGAAUAAUACGUGAUUACUUAUAAUUGGCUAGAAAGUGUGAAUUGCAUGAAAUAAUAAUAAUAAAAAAGGGGAAGGGGAAGAGGAGAAUUGUUUCUACUCUGUAUAACUGAUAGUAUAAUAAUAAAGGAGUUACUUUGGAUAGUGACAUCAUCAUGAAUACCUUUAUUUCAAAUAAGAUUUUUA